AUGCGCAUCAAUGACUUGCGAUUGACCCGUUUAAAUGUGUCGCGAAUUCUUCGAUAUUCCGACCAUGGCACUUUUGUCCCCCAUCGCUGCCUCGUGCACCGAACGAUCUGUCACCAUGUGCGUCGUCCAUUGUCACGCGUCGAAGUCUCAAAACAGACGCCCCAUCUCGAGCUCAAGAGAGGGGCAAAAACGCGGACAACAGUGAAUCUCAAGGACUUGCCUCAAGGUGUCUUAAAGCUCGAGCCGUAUGACGAUGCUACGGACGAUGUGCCCCGAUACCCACCAGUCGUUCAGGGACAUCGGAACAAUAUGCAGAAGUUCGGGAACUGUGUCAUCUUGACCAGAGUAGGAGGGUUUUACGAGCUCUACUUUGAGCAGGCCGAAGAGCUAGCUCCGUUACUGAAUCUGAAGCUCGCCGUUAAGAAGACCAACGCUGGGCCCGUUUCAAUGGCAGGCUUUCCAUUCUUCCAACUGGAUCGCUUCCUGAAGACACUUGUUCAAGACUUGAACAAAUACGUGGCUAUCAGCGAGGAAUUUGCCAACGGCGCCGAAGAUAAAGCUCGGGGCGGCCUGCUAUUCGAUCGCAGGGUAGCCAGGGUUAUCACCCCGGGUACCCUUAUUGAUGAGAAAUUCAUGGACCCUGCUGAGAACAACUUUCUACUGGCGAUCCAACUGGAUGUGCCGGCUCUGAAGGCGCAAUUAGAGCAACAGAGAGAUGAGUUGUCUGCACAACAGCACGUGUUACCCUCGACGUCUCAACGCGUAGGCUUGUCCUGGUCGGAUCUUUCGACAGGUGACUUCUUCACGCAAUCCACUACACCUCAGAUGCUUCCGUCAGCGAUUGCCCGCAUCGGUGCGCGUGAGAUACUCGUUGAUCAGGACCUCCAAGAUCUAAUUGGACAAGAGCUGCAAUUGCUGAUUGGGCAUGACCAUCGUCUAAUGACAUUCUUUCAAUUUCCCAAAGAGAUCUUGCCGAUAUCGCAAUGGGGCCCUAUGCUUGAGGCGCCACUCGCGGGCCAAACCUCUGACCCUUUCACGCAAGAGGAGGUUGCCGCAGGUUACAGUCUAUUGGAAUAUAUUCGAGUUCAGUUACAGGGUUCGAAUAUCAAGCUUCAACCUCCUCGUCGGCGACAUCUGGAUGAAUCGAUGAGCAUUGACCGCAAUAGUCUCAGAGGCCUAGAGAUCUUGGAAACCGCUCGCGAUGGGUUUGGCAAAGGUAGUCUACUUCAUGCGAUGAUCAAUGAACGACUCGACCUUGUGUCAGUCUUUCUCGACGAUGGAGACCUCCGCGACGGCAUAGUACAACUCUUGAAGCGAAGUUAUGAUUCCCAGCGCUUGGUCCAGAAGUUUACUUUGGGGAGAGGAGAUCCGGAUGACCUGAUUUGUCUGGCCAAGGCUAUCCAGGCGUCCGAAGAGAUCAAAAGGGUUUUGUCCAACCGGGAUAACGGUGGCGUGGAGGGCCCGCCUCCUUCGAGUUCUGUUGAUGCCAAGCAGACUCUUUUGGCCAUGGUCGCUCGACUCCAUUUGGACGGACCUAGUCUGCUGGCCGACCGAAUCUCGGCUGCCAUAGACGAAGAAGGUCUUUUGCAGAAGCAGCGCCUCGAGGAUGAUACAGUCGCUGAGGCAGCGGUCCUCGCGCAGGAGGUGACCAUCAAUGAGGGCUUUCCGGGGGAGAUUGAGACGUUACCGAAGAAAGUGAGAGCUAAGAGUAACGAUCAAUUGAAGGCAACGACCGAGGAAACUCUUGACACAUGGAUUAUGAAACGGGAUGCAAGCCCGGCUCUCUCUCGACUUCACCAGGCUUUGGAAAAAUUGCAUCAUGAGAAGUCAACUUUAACUCAACGUCUGCGCGAUGCUGUAGGGUCCUCUGCCCUUUCCCUUAAGUGGACUCCUGGCCUGGGACACAUCUGUCAUGUCAAGGGAGUCAAGAUAUCUCAGAAAUCCUUGGAGGAGCUGGGCGUGACGCGGAACGUGUCUUCCACAAAGUCAACAAGGUCGUUUUAUCUUCCGGCAUGGACAGAAUUGGGCGGUCGUUUGGACCGGGCGAAAAUGCAGAUUCGCCAAGAAGAGCAAGCGAUUUUUGAGGAUCUCCGCCGAGAUGUGAUUCUGAAUCUGGUGAAGAUCAGGCGCAAUGCAGCCGUGAUGGACGAAUUAGAUGUUGGAUGUUCCUUCGCCACGCUGGCCCACGAACAGCGCCUUGUACGUCCCGUUCUCACCAACGGAACUUCUCACAGAAUCAUCGGCGGCAGACACCCAACCGUCAAACUUGGGCUGGAGGAGCAGGGCCGGCGGUUUGUCAGCAACGACUGUUUCUUGGGGGAACCAGAUCGGAUCUGGCUCAUCACUGGCCCGAACAUGGCAGGCAAAAGCACAUUCCUGCGGCAAAAUGCCUUGAUCACUAUUCUCGCACAGGUCGGGUCGUUUGUGCCUGCAGAGUACGCAGAGAUUGGCGUUGUCGAUCAGAUUUUCAGUCGCAUUGGUGCCGCUGAUGAUCUUUUUCGAGAUCAGUCGACCUUCAUGGUGGAAAUGUUGGAGACGGCGACAAUCCUCAAGCAGGCGACAGCGCGCUCGUUUGUCAUCAUGGACGAGGUUGGUCGUGGGACGACACCGGAAGACGGAACCGCAGUCAGCUUCGCCUGCCUGCACCAUCUGCACUACCGUAACAACUGCCGGACAUUGUUCGCAACGCACUUCCACGCUCUCGCGGACAUGACGCAUGACUUCGAGGCUCUGGGGCGGUACUGUACGGACGUAAAAGAAAGCGCCUCGGGGUCGUUUUCGUUUGUCCAUCGACUACGGAAGGGGGUCAACCGGGAUUCUCAUGCGUUGAAAGUCGCGCAGCUAGCAGGGUUGCCAAAGGAGACUUUGGAAAUGGCCCAUCGCGUGCGGCAGACGCUUAGCAAGGAUGUCAACCCAUCAUGUUCCGAGGUCGGCGGACACCCAGCUGCAUUAGCAGUCGCGUAG